GCUCCGGAAACGCUCGGCGGGGCUGCUGGGCUCAGCCGGGCGCUGGCGGCUCCGUGGCGCUUCCUGCCACGCCGGGCCUCUACGCCGCGCCAGCUCCGCUUCGAGCGAGCGUCAGCCGUCACCCGGGUUGGGUGAGCUUGCGGACCGCGGGAGGGACGUGCAGGUCCAGUGGUCGCGAGGGAGGCAGAGGGAUGAGCGGGCCUGAGUGAGCUUGGCAGCUGGAGUGGGAUCUUCCCCAUAGAACUAAUCACUUGGAACUGUUCUGAGACAAGAUGAGUCAUCCCUGUAUGUCUCUUUUGGCUCCACCUGCUCCCCAAGGUCUUGCCCUUCCCCAGGAUGGAGCCCCAGGAAACCAGGUCCUGGCAGUUCCUCUUGAGAUGCCGGAGGCCCAGGAUUUGGUGCCCUUUGAUAUUGUACCUUGGCACCUUACAAAAAGGGAGUGGCUGAGUCUGAGCCCAGAGCAGCAGACACUGGCAUAUCCCGGGACUGUGACCUCCAUUGGAGUUCCUGUUGUGAGUCCUGCUUUCGUUUCUCACGUGGCCCAAGGACAAGUGCUGUUGAUAUCAGACCCAUCCCUCAGUACAGAUCACACUAAGUACCCUGAAAGCAUCUCUGUAACUUACCACCAGAAGAUGGAUGAAGAAGCCCAGGCACAAGAGAUGGCUUCCAUGAGCUCCCCGAGGGCCAGUGACCCCAGCGCUGAGGUCAAACAGAAUGGGGACUCUGAGGGAAGGGGAGGGAGCCCACCAAAUCUGCCCAUAGAACACCAUUUUGCAUGUAAAGAGUGUGGGGACACCUUCCGGCUUAAAGUGCUCCUUGUUCAGCACCAGAGGGUUCACAGUGAGAAGGGCUGGGAGUGUGGUGAUUGCAGGAAGGUCUUCAGGGGGGUGUCAGAGUUUAAUGACCACAGGAAGAGCCAUGUAGCUGUGGCUGCUGAGCCCCGGCCUGGCCCCAGUUGGGCUCUGGAAGAUGCUGUGGAAAAGAGGGAGCAAAUGGAGAGGGAGGCGAAGCCCUUUGAGUGUGAGGAGUGCGGGAAGAGGUUUAAGAAGAACGCAGGCCUUAGUCAGCACCUCAGGGUGCACAGCAGAGAGAAGCCCUUUGAUUGUGAGGAGUGCGGGCAGUCCUUCAAAGCCAACACCCACCUCUUUCGACAUCAGAAGCUCCACACUUCGGAAAAGCCCUUUGCGUGCAAGGCCUGCAGCAGGGAUUUCCUGGAUCGCCAGGAACUGCUCAAGCACCAGCGGAUGCACACAGGCCACCUGCCCUUCGACUGCGAUGACUGCGGCAAGUCCUUCCGGGGAGUGACCGGCCUGGCGGAGCACCAGCGCAUCCACAGCGGCGCCAAGCCCUAUGGCUGUCCCCACUGUGGCAAGCUUUUCCGGAGGAGCUCAGAGCUCACCAAACACCGGAGGAUCCACACCGGCGAGAAGCCCUAUGAGUGCGGCCAGUGUGGAAAGGCCUUCCGCCAGAGCUCCAGCCUGCUGGAGCACGCGCGCAUCCACAGUGGCGAGCGGCCCUAUGCGUGCGGCGAGUGCGGCAAGGCCUUCCGCGGGCCGUCCGACCUCAUCAAGCACCGGCGCAUCCACAGCGGACUGAAGCCCUACGAGUGCGACAAGUGCGGCAAGGCCUUCCGCCGGAGCUCCGGUCUUAGUAGGCACCGGAGGAUCCACAGCGGGGCCAGGCGCUGUGAAUGCAGCGAGUGCGGCCGUGUGUUCAAGCGGCGCUCGGCGCUGCAGAAGCACCAGCCGUCCCACCGCGAGUAGAUAUCUUGCCACUCCGAGAGCGAUGCCAGGGGUCCACAGAGGCCAUGUCCCAGUCAAAGGAGAUGAACAGUUUUGUAGCGCUUAUCUAUUUUAUUGUGAAUCAGUGAACCAGUUUCUACUGCCACCAGCAAUUAAGUAUCCAUAGUUUCCCAUUAUGCCCAUAUUAACAUAGCUUGGCUACUUUGCCUGGUAGAAAGUACCAUUGAGGUAUUUAAAUCUCCACGUCUGGAAUGAGGGGAGAAAUCUGGAUGUGGGGAGUCUAAAGAGGGCUGAGAGGUUAUCUCCAAGCUCUUCCCCUGAGGGAAACGCAGAAACGUUCAGUGACAUCAAUAUGAUGCAGUACUACCUUUCUCAAAAGGAAGAUUGCCCCAGGUGUUUGGCCUACUUGAAUUUAUAAAUUUUUAGGGAUGUAAAUAGAAUUCUCAGAUAUUUGUCCUAUAAUAUUUAAUUUAUUAAUUUAGCUAUACAUACAUAUUAUAAAUCACAUAUAGAAUAAUAUAUUAAUUUAGAGAAUACUCCAUUUGUUAUUCGCUCUUCACGUGUAUUUUUGACCUCACCAUCUUCACCAACAUGGGGACCUCUUUGGGUCAUCAGCUGGUAUUUGAGGACUGUGACAAUCCCUGCGUGAGGCUCUCACCAGAAACUUCCUCCCAAGCCAUAAGAACACAUUCGCCUAAUAUUAGGACAGUUAUUUGUGUGUUUUUAAAUUAGUCCUGUAGCUACAACAUACCCACUAAAAGUGGUGCUUUUUCAGAUGACCUUUAAAAAGGCUUUUUUAAGCAUCUCAGACAUCACUCUUAGAUCACACUUCUAGUAAAACUUACUGGCUUGGGGAUAAGCACUUUUGUCUCUGUUUCUUAAGGUAAUUCAAUCUAGUGACCCCACGCAUACCCAAAACAGACAUCGGUUGGGGAUUGUCCUCACACAGCAUCAUUGUGUUCGAAAGAAACAGGA